AUGGCGAACAUCGAGUACCACUCAUCUGUUGUGUACCGGUCAUGGCAGCUGCCGACCAUUGCAGAUCAGCCGUACCGAAAAGUCGAAGGUGGAUUCUGGAUUCGGGAGACCAUUGAUCGGCCCAUAGCUGCCCCCAGAAAUGGAGUCAACCAGUUUCCGUUCGGAAGGGAUGAACAAGUCUAUCAGUCUUUGCAGGAACGCGAGAUUCGGCUGCUGAUCCUGCAUCCUGGCGCCGGCUGUGAUCCUGUGGAGAGCUCCAUUCCAGUAGUGACUCCAGACGACCCACCCGACUACGAUGCAGUGUCGUAUGUAUGGGGGAACAGCAGCGAUCGCAUAUGCGUCCUUGUCAAUGGACACCAAACGACGAUCGGGCGAAACUUGUCGGAUGUACUCCAUCAGCUUCGCAGCAGGACAGAGCUGAUUGUGCUUUGGAUUGAUGCAAUAUGUAUCAACCAGGAAAGGGGACGCAGGUUGGGAUGA